AUGUCAGAUUCUAUUACUAAAGCACCACCCGUGACAUUUGAAGUGUAUGUGCCAGCAAUACAUAUGAAUCCAUCAGUAUUUAUUUGUCAGGUGGAAACACCAUCUGAUAAAGAAAACACAAGAAGAGAUGAAUGUAAUAGAACAGAGAGCCAUUUUUGCGAUGAAGCUUCAUUGUGGGCUGAAACACAAUCAGAUAAAGAAAAUAUAGGAAAUGUUGAACAUGACAGAAGGGAGAGCCAUCCUUUUGAUCAAGCUUCAUUGCAGGCUGAAACACCAUCAGAUAAAGAAAACGCAGGAAAUGUUGAACGUAACAGAAGGGAGAGCCAUUCUUCCGAUCAAGUUUCAUUGCAGGGACCGGUAGCUCUUUUCUCUUUGCUGUCUGUACGGAUCAUUAGAAUGACAAACCUCAGAGAAACAGAUUUGUUAAGCCAAAGUGAUUGUUAUGUAAGUUUGAGAUUGCCAUCCUCUUCCUUCGUUACUGCACGAACAAAAACUAUUUCAAAUUGUAGAAAUCCAGUCUGGAAUGAAACAUUCUUCUUCAGGAUUCAGAAUAUGGCUAAGAACAUACUUGAAAUAACAGUCUAUGAUGAAGACAGCCCAUUCAGCGAUGAGGAACUCUGUAGUAUUACAUUUGAUACAGCAAAUCUUCAGUUUGAAGAAAGAGUUUGCAAGCAUUUUGAAUUGAACAAAGAGAAAAAUGAAUUGCUAGAAGUGGAAUUCUAUUUGGAACACAUAUCAGAUAUGCCAGAAAACCUUAUAAGUAAUGGAGUACUCUUGUCUCGGGAACUUUGCUGCCUAAAAGUAGAGGUGAAUCACAGAGAAAGGAAGAAAAAAAGAAAAAAGCAAACUUUUGCAUGUACUCUGAGAGGAUCUUAUGAAGAUGCACAGAAUAUUUUAAUGGAUUCAAGUUCCAGAAAUGCCCCGCCAAAUCACGCAACUUUCCACUAUGCCAAGUAUUGUAAUCCCAAAUUAGAGGUGCAAUUAUUGAAGAAACGUUCCAUUUGUUGUCCCUCAAAUUCUGGGAAAACACUCUCCUUCACCUUGCCUUUGUGUCAGGUUCCUUUGGGAGAAAGAAUAGAAGUAGCAAACGAUAAAGCAUAUGAAGUCUUUGUGACAACAGAAAACUGCCAGAAAAGCCCAGAUAUGCGUUUGGGCUUUGAUCUCUGUCCAGAGGAGAAGGAUUUCAUCUGUAAGCGCAAGAAAUAUGUUGCUGCUGCUUUGAAAAAUGUUCUUCGGCUAGAAGGAGAACUGCAGGACAAUGAGGUUCCAGUAGUGGCUCUGAUGACUACAGCCGGGGGAGUAAGAUCAAUGACAGCCAUGUAUGGGAGCCUAUUAGGUCUCCAGAAACUCAAUCUCUUGAACUGUAUUUCAUACAUUACUGGUUUAUCUGGCACAACGUGGACAAUGAUAAAUUUAUUCAGAGAUCCAUAUUGGUCACACAAGAAUCUAGAAGGCAUGAUCAUGGAUGUUCGGAAACAAGUGAUGAAGAAUAAACUGUGCUGUUUUAGUGUAGACAACUUGAAAUAUUAUGAGAAGGAAAUAUGGAACAGACAUGAUGAAGGUCACAAGCUGACAUUUGCAGAUCUCUGGGGUCUAAUUCUUGAAUCUAUGUUUCACGAUAAGCCAGAUCCACAUAAGCUCUCAGAUCAACGACAGGCAAUAAAUCUAGGUCAAAACCCUCUUCCUAUCUACCUUGCUCUUAAUGUCAAGAAAAGAUAUAGCACUUUAGAUUUUAAAGAAUGGGUGGAAUUCACCCCCUAUGAAGUGGGCUUCUUGAAAUAUGGAGCAUUUAUUAACGCAGAAGAUUUUGGAAGUGAGUUCUACAUGGGUCACAUGAUGAAGAAGAUUCCAGAAUCUCGGCUUUGUUUUAUGCAAGGUAUGUGGAGUAAUAUCUAUUCCCAGAAUCUGCUUGAUGCCUUAUAUUUAGCAGAACAUUCAGAAGACUUCUGGCACAGAUGGACAAGACCUAGAAUGUAUGAAAUUGAAGAAGAUAUUCCCCCUUGGUUGCCCAAGAGACCAUAUGUGCAGCCAACACGUCUUUUCAUCCCUAAUGGUUCUGUGUCAGAUGUGAUUAGAGAUGUUAUAACUAUGCGUCCAGUUGUUGCAUCCUAUUCCAAUUUUAUUAAAGGUCUGCAGUUCAACGACAAAUACUUGGAGAACAACAAUUUUUCUAUGUGGAAGGAUACUGUACUGGAUUGUAACCCCAAUCACCUGACUGAGUCUGAAGAAUAUUUGGAGCUUGUAGACACAGCUUUCUUUAUCAAUACCAGCUGCCCACCUCUUUUAAGACCAGAAAGACAAGUAGACAUUAUUAUACAUUUAAAUUACAGUGGAGGAGCACAGGAAUUGCCACUGGAUUUAAGCACAAGGUACUAUCACCAUCAGGGCAUCCCAUUCCCUAAAACUGUUCUGACAGAAGAAGACAGAAAGCAUCUCAAGGAAUGUUAUCUCUUUGACGAUGCAGAAAGUCCAAAGGCUCCUAUAUUGCUGUAUUUUCCAUUGGUGUGCGACAGCUUCCAAAAAUACAAGGCACCUGGUGUGGAACGUAGUCCAAAUGAGAUGGACGAUGGCUAUGCUGAUGUCACUAGCACUAUUUUUUCUCCAUAUGCUACUGGCAUUCUGCAAUACUCAGAGGAGGACUUCAAUAAGCUGAUAAAUUUGACCAGCUAUAAUAUUCUGAACAAUGAACAUAUGAUUCUUCAGGCUUUACGGACAGCAGUUGAAAGAAAAAAGCAGCAGAAUUUCCAUUCCUCUUUUUAAUCCUUUCCAAUGCUUUCUCCAUAUUUUCUAACCUGGGAAGCUAACAGGUUUACUUCAUUUGUGCUACUGGCCAGUAAUAAACACAUGGGAAAUAGGAUAGGCGUCAGAUUUAGAAAAAUCAAUUUGGAACAGAAUUUAAAGCUAUCUGAAAUGAAGGAGGGCUUACUGAAAUAAAUUAAAUCUAUUUGUUGUGAUCAAUGCAUUUAUUUGGCAUGUCCCCCACUUUUGGCAUGUCAAAAGUGCUUUAUCUUUGUUCAUUUGCAAUAAUGAGGAAGAGGUAUAUUGAGAGUGAGUGCUCGGAAAGUAUGUAUUCAAAACGUGCUUUACAAAUGGAAUUAGAAUAAAAAAAUAACUUCUAGUCCAGCAUAUUAUAAGAUUUAUUGAAGUACAAUCAUUAAAUGGCAAAGGAUUCUGAAGUUUGGGACUUAGUUUAUAAAUUUGAAGGUGGCUGUAUUAAGUGAUUUAUGUAUCAGAUAUGCAUGUAUGCAUAAGAUACACAUUACAAAUCAAACAUAGACUUUAAAAAUCAAAAUAAUAAUUUUGCAAGUCUUCACCUGAAUCCCAGCUGUGAAUUUCUGAUAUUUUUAUUUCCAUCCUUGCACAGGAUAGGCUGGAAUAGUUAUGAGGCAGGGGUCAUUCUGUCCAAAAUAUCCAC